AUGAAGACAAACCAAUGCGGCGUCGCACCCAAGAAGCUACGAAGACUCCCCCACGUGUUCGCCAGAGUCCUCGAGCUUCCUAUACGCUCAACCGUCGAUGUUUCAGUUCAAGAAACCUCUGACUCUCUUCGUUUCAUUGUCAGUACCACCACCAACAAUAACAAAGACAAGUCAAAUAUGAACCAAGUGAGAGCUCAUACGAUCAAAAUCUUGCCGGGCAUGACGAAAGUUGUGAUUAAAGGAAUAGGUGGUGGAGAUGAUGAAGAUGAUGAGCUUGAUGUCUGGCGGUUUAGGCUCCCGUCUUAUACGAGACCUGAGAUGACAAGCGCGAGGUUUAGUGGUGGUAAACUUGUCGUCACCGUGCCUAAGGGCAUGGACACAGUGAAUAAUAGUGAUGGUGAUGAUGAUGAUGAUGAUAAUAACAACGGUGAAAGUAAAAUAAAAGAGAAGGGUUGGGGUGGAGGGAGUGGAAGACUGAUUCUUAUACAGUAA